AUGGAUGCCUUUGACAGAGACUUUGGUGUAUGCGAUGCUAAGGGCGUAUGUGCUCUCGAGCCAUACUAUCUUUCUCUCUUGAACGGGCUGGUUUAUAUUGGGUUCGCUGCCGGUGCUUGGAUCGGAAGUUUUAUCAGCUCUCUCUAUGGACGCCGUAUGACAAUCUUCUGCAUGUCCAUCUGGGCUCUGGUUACCGCAACGAUCCUACUCACAUCCGGAGUCAGCCACAACAAAUGGCAGCUUCUUGCUGGCCGUAUCCUAAACUAUGUCUAUAUUGGAAUGGAGCUUAGCUCCGUCCCAGUGUAUCAAUCUGAAGUGGUCCCAGCCCCGAUCCGUGGUCUUGCAGUCGGUUCCUACCAGUUAUCGCUGGGCAUUGGCGGUCUUAUCGUCAACUCCAUUUGUCGAGGGACCAGCGAAAUCAAUGAUGAUAGGUCUUGGAUGAUUCCCUACGGGCUUUACUACGUUAUUCCAACGUUGGUUGCCAGCUGCAUAUGGUUUAUACCAGAGUCUCCGAGAUGGCUCCUCAUGAAGGACAGAGAUGAUGAAGCCUUGGAAUCUUUGAUCACGCUUCGAGGCAGAGACAAUCAAAUAUCUCCGGAGGAAGAACUUGAACUAAUCCGACUAUCUUUGCGAGAGGAGGCCGAUCAAGGAACAUACAGUGAUCUAUUCAAAGGUUACAAUCGCCGUCGAACUUUCAUAGUAAUCGGCAUAGGCUUCUUCUUUCAAGCAACCGGCAAUUCAUUCAGCGGUCAUUAUUCGGCGGUUUUUGUCAAAUCUCUCGGCACAAUUAACCCGUUUAAUGUGACUGUUGCCCAGACCGCAAUCAACACCGUGACUGCACUUGUCGGAAUCCUGCUGGUGGAUCGCAUAGGACGGCGAAGAAUCUGGAUCGUUGGCUCUUUCUUUAUGCUCGUGUUCAUGAUGGCCACCGGAGGCCUGGGAAUUCACACGCCCGUCUCCUACUCGGCGAGCCAGGGAAUCGUAGCCACGAUGCUCCUCUAUCAGGCGACAUAUGCUGCUAGUGUCGGACCCCUAUACUAUACACUUAUUACCGAAAUCCCCGCGUCUCGUCUUCGAGAUAAGACCGUUCGCCUCGGAGCUACUGCCAAUAUUGUUACAAUUUUCAUCGUAUCGUUUACUCUGCCGUACCUCCAGGACGCUCCAUAUGCUGAUUUGGGAAGCAAAGUCGGAUUUAUUUAUGGUUCAAUGUCUUUCCUUGCCAUGGUGUUUGGAUUCAUCUGCAUUCCUGAGCUGAAAAACCGAAGUCUGGAAGAAGUUGAGAGAAUGUUCGAGACGGGUGUUUCUCUCCGUAACUUCGAGGAUUACCAAGAGGAUCCAACCAGGCUGCAGAAUGUUGCGGCCAAGCUCAAUUCCUUGAAUGGGCCCGAGCCAACCGGAAAAGGACCUGCUGAGCGAGCAGAUGCAGUUUGA